AUGCGAGAGUUACCAUGGAAGUGCUGCUGGAGCUUGAUGGUGCUCUUCGCUGUGAACUGCAUUCAUCUCAUCUCUUCCGACACAGAUGUCAACAUCAAGCUGUUCAAUGAAGUUGACUCGAGAAUAAGUGAUUUCAGAUCACGGCUUGUGAUGCUCGAUGGUAAUAUGUACUUCCAUGCUGGACGACAAAAAAACAUCUCAUUUAUAGUAGAUGAUCAUGCAUCCAUUUAUUUUGGCGAGAAGAAUCUCAACUUAUUGCCAGAAUUGACAGAAUUUCAAGCCGUAAAAGAAGAAGUUGAUAAGACAAAGAGUCGUAUACGUCAACUAGUAAGAGUGGCUGAUUCUCUCAGGAAACAAAUAAAGUUGGAAAGUGGCGAUGUUGCAGCACUGAAUCAAAAAGUUAGUUCUUUAUUUCUACGUCUAUAUAUUUAA